UGCUCUUUCUCUUCAUAAUCACGCUUUCUCUUCCUCUGUCUGUGUAUCACUCAGUCCAUCUCUGAAAUCUGAGCGGCAAAAACUGCGCCCGCCGGUGAACGUCUAGAACCGUUUUCAGCUGUAUGAGCUAGGGUCAAGGUCAAAGGUGGUCAUUGCUGUAAAGGUGGUUUACAGCAAUGGAGUGCUUCAACGAUCUGCUACUUAAACUGCGGGAGGUCCACGAGCGAGAAAUGGAGGGUUGGCAGGUGAAAGUCCAGGAGCUGUCCAACAAGAAAGGCUGUGAUACAAAGCGAAUGGAGGAACUGUUCACCAGAAACCAGCAGAUGAAAGAACAGCAGAGAUUACUCACUGAGAACAUCAAGACUCUGGAAAACAGGCUGAGAGCGGGACUGUGUGACAGAUGUACAGUAACUCAGGAGGUAGCCAACAGAAGACAGCAGGAAUUUGAAGCCUCACACAUACAGACCCUCCAGCACAUCUCUCGCCUGGUGGGAGAGAUGAACAGCCUGAAAAAGGAGAACAAGAGACUUAGAGAUGAAAUCAGGAAUUUAAGAGCAGCGCUGGAAGGUCACAGUGACCACUCUUCAAACAGCAGCACCGUCACAGAGGUCAAACCAAACAGCUCCCCUGACCUUUCACCGUCCCCUGGACCUAUGGCCCUCAUCACUGUUGCAACCAGCAGGGCCAGCAAGCAGCCAUCAGAUGGCGAUGUUGCAGUGAAAACUGAGACAGACCACAGAACUGAAGAGAGUGAACACAGACAAUCGAGAGGGAUAAACAGAAACCACUUUGAGUCAUACAAGCCUGUUUCACUGUUGACUCUUCCGUCCCCAUCCUGGAAGACAGAACAAAGUGUAACCCGUGCUGGAGAAAGGAGGUCUCAGAGUAUUGAAGGACUGGACCAGCGAUCCUCCAUCCAUCCUCUAGCUAUCCUUGACAGCUUGAGAAAGAAUUCUUCUUCCUCAACCAGUGGAGAAGUUAAUCCCAGUAGACACAUGCUCCACACUCCUGUCCCCUGCCGUCCUCAGCCAAUCAAUAACAGCCCUGUUACUCUCCCCUGGCCCUUAUCUGAGUCCUCUGAGUGGGUUCCUGUGGCUGCUGCAGGCACCAGCCAGGUGAUACAACCUUCUUCCAAAUCAAAUCCUCCACGCUUUACCAACUUGAUCCCAACUAGCCAACAUGCCAGCCCUAGAAGGCAGGUUUUUGGGUCUCCCUGGCCCAAACACAGUGCUCCUCAGUCUCCAGUAACAGAGCCAACUGUGGUGUUCAGGUUGAGGAGUCUGCCAGAGCACUUGGAGAGUCAAAUUAAGUCGCAGGAGAAAAAAGAAAUUCAGCCAACUAAGGCAGAGAAGGCCUCUAGAGAAGGACUUCGAGAGACGUGUGAGGGGCCUUUGGACCUAUCGGAUCGAGGAAAGUCCAAAUCCAGCCAAAAGCCAAGAGAUGAGUCACCAUUAGUGUUACAAGGUGGAGAGAGAGCACAGAAAAGCCCUGACAAGGAAGUGAAGACAAAAACAUCUGCACACGCACCAGAAUCAUCACCAUCACCUGUCCAUCCACCCUCAUCCAGCUCCACACCACCUGUCAAACAACAGGAGGAAGAGCCAACCACCAAUCAUAACCACAAGCAGGUAGUCAAAGAUCAGGAGCAGACAGAGGAGGUGAAUGGAAAGACAGACCAAAGCAACGAAAAGAAGGUGCCUGUCCUCACUAUAUCAUUACGUCCAGUAGUUGUGCUGGAGACUCUGAAUUCUGCUCUGCAAAAGCAAGAAGCCUUAUCAACAAAUGGCAAGUCGUCAUUACCAACAGUUGAGCCAAGAAGCAGCUCGGAUGAGCAGGACGAGGAGGUGUCAGGCCAAGAAGGUGGCAGCCAGGGCUGCAAGAGGAAGAGGGCAUCUAUGGAGACAGAAACCGACCGAGAGUCAGACACAGACAAUAUCCAAGGUGAAAGGAAAAUCAAGAUCACAGUCAUAACUGAGGAGAACAGCCCCAGCUAAAGAGGAUGGUAUCACACUGACCUGGUGAUCUCACUUAAACCUGCAUUGACUGAUUGUUUUGGCCACUUGGAGCCAGUGCAACAAGGUGAAAGACAGAACUGAGAAACUGAGAAACUGAGAAAUGACACUGACAGGUCAUCAUGUUAUCAAGUUGUUACAUCUAGCAAAUUAGCAAACAACGGAAAAUGCCCACAUCCAGUGAACAUGGAGAAACCUUAGCAUUAAUUUGGAGUCAUGUUUCUCGCCACCUGACAAAUCUAAGUCCAGUAUUGACUCUACUUUUAUUUUUUGGUCUCCACCAACUGCUGAGGGAAAUACCAAGCUCUUUGGCUGCAAAAUGCUCCACUACGUUCUUCAUCUGGUGGCUAACUUUGACUGUCUGCUCUUGGGAACUAGGCAGGUAGUGUACAAGGAGUUUUUACAGUGGUGAACCAAAACAGUAAAGCUGCAGCCAUAAAAUCAAGACACGGUCUGAGAGAAUGCAAGGGGAAAUGCAGAAUUGGUGAUAAUUCUCCCUCAGUUCAUCAUUAGGACUCAUUUCACAUUACAUUUAGACAGCUUAUUCAUUGUAUAAUUUUGACAACAAGAAUUUGAGUAUAGCAGCUAUUAAAUCAAAAUAAAAAUAUUGAUUGGAGCAGCUUUAAACUCUCCUCUUGGUGUUUUUAAGCAUCAGGUUUUUCCCUGCCUUUGUCCCAGUUCACUCUGUAACAGGCCCCAAUUUCCUCUUCUGAGCCUGACCAGUAAGACAGUGAAUAUAGAAGAUGAAGGAUGUGAAAAUGGAUAAUAUAAAAAUUUAAACAAAUUUUAAUGUGACCAAAUUUAACCAUGGGUGAAACAAUGAUGAAUACUGACAGGUUGGAAGUCAUUUUUUUUUUACCAAUUGCUUUUCACCACUUCCUUUGUCUGCCAAUGAAAGGCAGAACACAGCGCCCUCUAUCGUUUGCCACAAGUCAAUCUCUUUUCAAGCCAGAAAACAGUUUAAUACUUUAUCAUUGAAGUUACAGUUUAGCUUUUAACUAUCUUAUGCUGAAAUGCCACACAUGGGGCCUUUAAAAUAAACUGUAAUUAAGAUUAGAGAAGGCUGUAGUUGCUAAAACUUACUCCACAUAGUGUUUGCGGUUACCGGUACAUGUCUCAGUCCUGCUAAGAAACACAUGAACAAGCUCUCUAGGACAUUCCAGUAUUAAACACUUUUUUGAUUAUUGGGUUUGUUAAUACAUUGGUGAUACAGAUACAAGUUCCAUUUCCAUGGAAAUUAGUCUCAGUAAAACAUUCCUAAAUAUCAUUACUCAACUAAAACCUUAGCCUUAACUAAAGCUUAGUGCUGAAUAUUAACAUGCAUGUAGUUUGGCAUUCUAUUCAGCAGCUUUCAGCUGUCUGGUGGAGAGCUGAGGCACAGUCAGGCUGACAAAGUCACACAUUUUGCAACACAUGCCAGCCCAUUUUCUCAAUGUCCUACUGUGAAUAUGGCCAGCUGAAGGCGAGGGCAAUAACUGAAAGUUUUCUUGUGCAAAUCGAAGACAUCAAUGGUUAGAUUUAAAUGACGGUAAAUCCUGUUCUGUCUCCUCCCAGUUGUGGAUUGGACAACACAGCUACAUCAUUGUUCCCCCUUUCUGAAACAAUGAAAAAAUUCAAGGCCAAUAAGCAACUAAUUUUACUUUUAAUCUUUCAUUUCUGAUUAAGAUUCACAGUACUGUUAAAAAAAAAAUAUAUAUAUAUACCAUCAAAUUAGGAAUUGUCAGAAUUCUCUUUUUUCCUUGUCUUUUAGCCAAA